CCCAUCACAAGAUCCCAUUCGCAACCACAUUCCGGCCUUGAGGCUUCAAAAAAUCGAAGGAAAACACUCUCUGUAUCUCUCCCCUCUACCCACCGAUUCCGUCGCGGCCGAUGAGCUCCGGCAGGAUGGAGAGCCUAUGGCGAGCGGCGACCGGCCAAGAUCCGAGUCCGGAGGAUUACAAAGGCGUCGAAUUCUGGACCAGCCCCGAGCGGGCCGGCUGGCUCAACAAGCAAGGCGAAUACCUAAGAACCUGGCGUCGCCGUUGGUUCGUUCUGAAACGAGGUAAACUCUUCUGGUUUAAGGACUCCAUCGUUACUCGCGCUUCAAUUCCACGCGGUGUUAUCCCUGUUAAUACCUGCCUCACCGUCAAAGGAGCCGAGGAUAUCCUCCAUAAGCCUUGCGCCUUCGAGCUCUCUACCACCGGUCAAGACACUAUGUACUUCAUCGCUGAGUCGGAGCGCGAAAAGGAGGAGUGGAUCAAUUCGAUUGGGCGCUCGAUAGUUCAGAAUUCGCGAUCGGUUACCGAAUCCGAAGUUGUUGAUUACGAUAACAGGCGAUGAUUCCGAUGUUGAAGAUCUUUUCUUCGUCGUCUUUUUCACUUUCUCUAUGUACAUAAAUGAGGCGAGAUUUAGUCUUGGAUGGUUGCGAGAUGGCUACGUUUCGUCGAAUUGGUACUAUCGAUCUUUGUUUCUUCUUUCUGGUUGUUAAAAUUAUGGCGGUGAUGUGAAUCGAACUGAAUCUCCUCUUCUUCGUUUUCUCUUACUUCUAAAUCUUCUGUCACGCAUAUAAACAUCUAUCUUACCCGGUUUUUCUUCUGUAUUUGAUCUUCAAUGUGGUUUAGUAAAUUUCGUGCCCUACCGUAUUGAUGAAA